GUCGCGACCUUCCAGAUGUGCAGACAAACCUCACGUUUCUUCUGCACCGAGACAACCAGACCUGUGCCGCUCUCACAAGCGACCAAUGUGUGGCCCACCAGGGUGUGCCAGAGCUGUGCCCUUACUCCUGCUUGCGGUGCAUACCCGCGGUUGCCGACAUGGUGACGCUUUACAACGACCACUUUCAGAAG